CGGGACUCUGGUUAUGAUGGUCAAAGAGCGAAACUCGCCUGAUUGAACCCUUCUACAUGCUGGAUCGGUUUGAGACUUUGGUACUAAAUUUUGGUCAUGUUAGGGUGGUGAUGCUCAUUUUGAUACCGGUAGAAUAAUCGUUUUGGGCACCCCGCAUUACCGACUACCAUGUUUCAGACGUUGAAAGCUCGACGUAGCAACAAUGGCGAAUCUGCAUACGUUGUACAGUCCUCUGGUAUGCCAUUUGAGAGAAGUAGGACGAAGAAACAGCGAGCUUGCACACUGUGCAAACUAAAGAAGUUGAAAUGUGUCCCUGCAAGCAAUGAAGAUAGCUGCGUUAAAUGCGCGAAACAGGGUUUGGAGUGCUCAUACAAGAACAAGACAAAAUCGGAUAAGACCUCGACAUUGAAAUCAUCGAAAGGAGCCCCCAAAUCUCAAGAUACAACCUUACCCAUAGAGGAUAAUGACCCCAAUAAAUCAGAGCGGCUGGAUAGCGACCAGUCUGUCAUAGCCGGAGAUACGGCUUCGAUAACGUCACCCGCAGAUAGCACCCCUUCAAACUCAGGGCAUGGGGCUCUUACCUUUCCAGACGGGGUUUCCUUUGCAGACCUCCUUGAAAAGGAGAUGCCUUUCGACUUCUGGUCAUUAUCUUACAACGACAACUUAAAUACUGGAAAUGCCCCAAAUUAUCUCCAGACCGACGGCGGAGAGAGUGAUACACAUCAGAUGAAACUGUAUUAUGAUCCCUUAGGCUACACUCAAGGGUCCAACGAUGCAACCGGGGAAGAUUCAUUGAUACAGUCAGAGGGCACAUCAAAAGCCAUAAAUCAAACCAUAGCCACCCCCAAGCACGAACCAUCCUUUUGGAAACAUAGCUUCGCAUCAGGGAUACCAGCUUUAGGCCAGUCCUCGAAUAUUACAGGUCCAGAAGCAGGGACAUUUGCCGAGAUACCGGAACUAAGUUUCCAAGAAAUGCCGGCCUUGCAGCCUGCAUCCACAGCUUGCCAAUGUCUGGAGCAGCUCAUGCAAGCGAAUGAGGACAUGCAAGUCAAAUUAGUUUGGGGAGCCUGCCCACUCAACGGGGUCACAGUGAGCGUGGAUGAGAUGCUGCAAUGUCAAAAAGACGUAUUAGUCAGCUGCGAGACACUACUCGAAUGCAAGGCCUGCAGUCAACGGUCCGAUUACGUGAUGUUGAUCGUUUCCAUGUGCCACGAGAUGAUGAAUGGAAUCGGCGACUUAAGUGAGAUGAUUCUACCAGGGUCACAACAAGGUAGCUCGAAAAGGCCGCGAUCGGAAUCAGACGUGAGAAAGCGAGACUUGAAAGUAAAAGCUGGCGCAUGGCGCCUUGACGACGAGGAAGAGAUCAAUGUGAUUCGAUCACUUAUCGGUAUCAGAAUCACUCGCCUGGGUUCUCUGAUCACGCUACUGGAAAAGGGGGUAAAGGUCAAUCAUCCUGCGUACGAGUGGGUGAUUCGUGCUCUAAGGCAGUCGAUUACGGAGAAAGUCGCGGCUAUAGGGCCAGGGGGCCCAGGGGGCGGAUGA